AUGACCAUGAACGUGGCGGCGGCGGCGGCAGCGACGUGUCCCGGGCGGGGUUGGGGCUCCCCGGGGGGAUUCCCCGCUGGGAUCACCCCUUCGCCACCCCCGUCACUUCACCUUCGAGCCCCCGGUGGGCCCAGCGGACCCCCCAGGCCCCGCCGCCGGCACCGCCGCGUCCUUUACCCGCCCGCUGUGCGGCGGCCGCCCCCCACGGAGGAGCCGAGCGCGGCGAAGCGGCUCCUGGUGCUGCUCCUGGCCGUGGUGAGUGCCCAAGUGUACAGCGCGCCCGGGGAGGUGACACCCGAGGUGGCCGCCACAGCCUUGGUGACACCCGAGGCACCCACGACGACACCCGAAACGCCCACGACGCCGCCUGCUGUGACAUCCCUGCCCGGGGACGGAACGCCGCUCAGGACUGCCGGGACAACCUGGACACCCAAUGGGACACUGGUGGGGACACCAGCGGCACCCGUGGGGACGCCCGUGGGUGCCUCCUGCCCCCCUCUGCUGCUCUCACCCGCCCUGCGACCCCACAACUGCACAGCCGGAGGCGCCGCCCGCUGAGCGGGGGGCACCCGGGACCCUCACCCUGCUCUCAGGGCGGCACCCGAAACUGUCCCCUCGGCUUCAGGUGGCACCUAGCACCCCGCCGUGCCCAUCGCCGCGGCCUCGGGGCUGCGCCCGACACGCUGGGCUGGCAUCUGUGCCCGUGGUGGCCGCAGGGUGGCACCGCGCGCCCUUGGGUGGCCCCCCCCCACCACACCUCGGCCUUGGGGUGGCCCCCCCACCGGCCCAAGGGACGCUCUGGGGCCCAUCGCCCCGGCUUUAGGGCUGUGACGGCACCCACGGGUGCCCCCUCGCCGUGCACUUUUUAAAAGGGGCAUUUAGCACCCAUGGGUACCCCCUACCUCACCUUCGGGGCUGCCCCCCCUCGCACCCAUGGGUGCCCCUCACCCAACCUCGGGGCUGCUCACCUCAUCCCCCCCCCCCCUCCCCUCUCGUUACGGUAUUUAUUUAUUGUAUUUGUAUUUAUUUCGCCGUUAUUUAUUUAAUUGGGGGUUAUUUAAGGUGGUUCGGGGGGGUAU